CCAGUUUCUUCAGCAUUUCAUUUCAGAGAUUCCAAAAACCAACCAUGGCAUCCACUGAUAAAACUGCUGUCCCACUGUCAUCACCAAAGUCUGAAGCUACCCCACCAUCCGCAGUGGCGGCUGCGGCUAAGUCCCCUUUCAACUAUUCUUUUGUCGAUGUUGCUCUUCGGGUCUUAUUAUUUGCGGCUACUCUAACUUCAGUGGUGGUCAUGGCUACCAGCAAGGAAACCGAGCUGGUUCCAGUGCCAGGCUUCCCUUUAAUCAGGAUCCAACUCCAAGCAAAGUUCAAUCAUUCACCUGCCCUCGUAUAUUUUAUAGCAGCAUUAUCAGUAACAGGCUUCUACAGCAUUAUCACUGCGUUGGCAUCACUUUCAAUCGUCCUUAACCCUACCUAUUCCAAAACCUUCUUGCUCUUUUUUGCUUUCUUCGAUGUGGUAUUUGUCGGGAUCGUGGCCUCUGCAACCGGUGCAGCAGGGGCCGUCGGUUAUAUCGGAUUAAAGGGCAACACUCACGUCGGGUGGACCAAAAUCUGCAAUGUCUACGACAAGUUCUGUCGAUACACAGCGAGCUCGCUUGCGCUCUCACUGUUUGCUGCCAUCCUUCUGGUGUUGCUCUCAAUGAUAUCAACCUUCACACUUUACAAAAAGAUCCGCGACUAGACAUAUCCCUCCAUGUCCCAAGUUUACAGCUUAAAGAACAUUUGAAAAUGUCAAUCUGUGUGUAGCUUAAAUGUUUUUCUUUUGGUCUGCAAAUGAUGUUUUUAAUUUAAUUUUUGUUGUUAUCUUAUGUUGAUAUGAUCUGUUGGUCUUCAUUGUGUAUUUCAUGUAGUAGUUCAAUUGAAUGAUAUUUAGAUCUUGUGGUUAAA